AUGUAUAUGCCGCACCUGGCACAUAUGAAACAAAAGAUAUUCACUGUUGGGCGAGGCAGCAGGCUACGUAAUAGGCGCGUGCUCACGGACUCAGAUGGUCGCCGCCGCGUCUGCGUACUGGGAGCUGUUUGCCGCUGCGGCCGCCUGGAAUUGUGGGGGUUGUGUCUGCCCCUCGGCUACCGCGCGGGAAGCCGAAGGUCUCAAACUGUGGCUUCCCAAGACCUACCCUCAUAUAGGAUGGCUCCUCUACACUUGCUACUUGUGUUGCUGAUAGCCUCCUGCUUUACCUUCUGCUACAGCCUUCAGAACCCAAAGGAAUUUGCGCUGACCAACCAAGAGAAGAGCAGCACCAAAGAAACAGAGAGGAAGGAAAGCAAAACAAAGGAGGAGCCAGACACCGAGGUCUUGGAGGUGUUUUCCCCGACCCAUGAAUGGCAGGCUCUUCUACCAGGUCAGGCUGUCCCUGCAGGGUCUCACGUGCGGUUGAAUCUCCAGACUGGUGAAAGAGAAGUGAAACUCCAAUAUGAGGACAAAUUCCGAAACAAUUUGAAAGGGUCAAGAAAAGGCAAAAGGCUGGACAUCAGCACCAAUGUCUAUACAUCUCAAGACCUCAAGAGUGCUCUGGCAAAACUCAAGGAAGGGGCAGAGAUGGAAAGUUCAAAGGAAGACAAGGCACGGCAGGCCGAGGUAAAGCGGCUCUUCCGCCCCAUUGAAGAACUCAAGAAGGACUUUGCCGAGCUGAAUGUUGUUAUUGAGACUGACAUGCAGAUCAUGGUUCGACUGAUCAACAAGUUCAAUAGUUCCAGCUCCAGCCUGGAAGAGAAGAUUGCAGCACUCUUUGAUCUCGAAUAUUAUGUCCAUCAGAUGGAUAAUGCUCAGGACCUGCUUUCCUUUGGUGGUCUUCAAGUGGUGAUCAAUGGGCUAAACAGCACAGAGCCCCUGGUGAAGGAGUAUGCUGCGUUCGUGCUUGGGGCUGCCUUUUCCAGCAACCCGAAGGUCCAAGUGGAGGCCAUUGAGGGAGGAGCCCUGCAGAAGCUGCUGGUCAUCUUGGCUACUGAACAGCCUCUCGCCACCAAGAAGAAGGUCCUUUUUGCACUGUGUUCCUUGCUGCGGCACUUCCCCUAUGCCCAACAGCAGUUUCUGAAGCUGGGGGGUCUGCAGGUCCUGAGGAGCCUUGUGCAGGAGAAGGGCACGGAAGUGCUGGCUGUGCGCGUGGUCACUCUGCUCUAUGACCUGCUCACGGAGAAGAUGUUUGCCGAGGAGGCUGAACUGACCCGGGAGACCUCCCCAGAGAAGCUGCAGCAGUACCGCCAGGUGCACCUCCUGCCAGGCCUGCGGGAACAGGGCUGGUGUGCAAUCACCGCCAACCUCCUGGAACUGCCGGAGCAUGAUGCCCGUGAGAAGGUGCUGCAGACCCUGGGCGCCCUGCUGGCCACCUGCCGGGACCACUACCGCCAGGACGCCCAGCUCGGCAGGACGCUGGCCAGCCUGCAGGCAGAGUACCAGGCGCUGGCUGCCCUGGAGCUCCAGGAUGGCGAGGAUGAGGGCUACUUCCAGGAGCUGCUGGCUUCCAUCAACAGCUUGCUGCAGGAGCUGAGAUGAGGUGUCCCCAUCACACCAGGACUGGACUGGGUGCUGCUAGGAAGGCUGUAGAGCAGCAGCUGGGUGGGACUCUGCGGGACCCCAGGUAGGAGGGGGCACUUCCCUCUGAGGAUCAUCUGGACAGUGCUGGCUUAACAAUUAAAUGGA